CUGCCGACCAAGGCGUUUGCAGCUUUUUCUCCGACUGCAGACUGUAGCCUACUGGAGAGAGAAACAGUAUCUCGACUGGAAGUGAGGGACGCUGAUCCAGAAGAAAACCUCCUGGAGGUUUUUUUUCAUCUCUGAAGAGAGUCCGUCUGAGGUCUAGACACCCUCCCCGGGCCCUGGACACCGAGGCAGAGGACGCAGGGCCCCCUGGCCGGCGCCCCUGUCCUAACAGGAGACGGUCACGAACAGUGAGUCUCCGUUACCCUGCUACACAGCCAAGAGCGGCUCUGCGGCCAGCAUUUCCGGCACCAGCAUGGGGAAGCUGCAGCGGGAGCUGCGCAAGGGCAAGUACCACAUGUUCAGGUCGGCCCCGAUCUUUGAGAGCGACUUCGUGCAGAUCACCAAGCGCGGGAAGCUCACAGAUAUGCAAAACCGCGGGCACUUUGUGACCGUGGGCGUGACCUGCACCAGCCCCAUCCUCCCGAUACCCGACGUCAUGCUCCUGGCCCGGCAGGCCACCAGCUGUGACAGCCAGGCCCCCAAGAGGAAAAACCGCAAGGCGGAGGAGCCCCUGGAGCUCACCAGGCUCAUCCCCUUGAAGUUUGUUCAGAUCUCCGUUCACGACCUCGAGAAACAGCAGCUUCGCCUGAAGCUCGCCACGGGCCGCUCUUUCUACCUGCAGCUGUGUGCCCCCCUGGAUGCGAGGGAAGACCUCUUCACCUCCUGGGAGCGCCUCAUUUACCUCCUGCAGCUGCCCUUUGAAAGUAACAGCGGCACCUACGACACCCCGCCCGAGGACAUUCUCUGCCUGCCUGAGCUGGCCGACGCUGACAGCUCCAGCCUGGCCACCUCGGACACCUACGGCAGAGACGACUGGGGCCAGGUCAGCAUCCGGAAUAUCUACGCGGUCGCCGAGCUCGCCGGGGCCACCUCUGCUGCUCAUGCCAGUGGGGAGGGAGACCAGCCCAGCUCUCGUACAUCCGCCGCCACUCCCAAAGUAUGCACCCCAGAAACAAGAUCC